AUGCGAGCUACAGUUUUGUGUUUAUUGAUUGGUUCUGUUCGCGCAGUGGGAACGCCUGGAGUUGAUGACGGCCUAACCCCGAUGAUGGGCGAUGGUGGAUCGCUUGGACCGGGCCGAAGUGGUUUUGCCAAUCCUGGGGGAUCAAAUUUUGGCCCUCCAAUCGCCGAGAAUCAAGAUUUCGGAGGCGCCAAUCCAUUUCAGCAAGGCCCGCGGCCAAGUUUCGAUUACGAUACCUUGGGCGGUUUCGAUGGGAUGGGCGGAGGAGGACCAGGCGGUCCGCUUGAACCAUAUUUGGCGACUCUCCGUGGCUUCUGGAACCCCAUCACCAGGCACCAUUUUAUCCAUUCUGAUCCGGCCGUGUUCCUUCGGAAUGCGGGAGGGGUCAGCGGUGGAUCUCAUCGUAUUAUCAGCAUGCAAGCAUUCAGCAUGAACCAAGGAAUGCUGCGCCAGAUGUGCCCAUCAUUGGUUCAGCUCCAGAGUUUGAAACGCAAUGGUGCUCAGCUGCUCAUUGCAAAUCCGAUGCAGGCACAGAUGGGGCGUAUGAAUGGAUGGGUCCCCACUGCACCUGCCGGAAUGUGCUCGAGAACGAGAGCAUGCGGAGCCGUCCUCCCAAUGGUCUCGGCAAGGCGAACGAAUAUGAAUGAAGACUACAUCCACUUCUCCUCGCCCCAAGACAUGAACCAAUACCUCCGAACGCAUAACGAUUACGCUCCGUCGGGUCGGGGUGUCAUUUGUUGGGUGUGGCCG